GAUAGGAUCCAUUUCAAAUCUGAAAAAAAAAAAUAAUUAGGACCAAGCAGCAGAUGGGUCCAGUGGUGGCAGCAGCAGCGGAGGGGUCCGGCAGCAGCAGCAGCAACAGCGGAUGGGUCCGGCAGCAACAGCAAAUGGCUCCUGCAGCAGUACCAGAGCAGAUGGCUUUGGCUGUUCAGCGGCAACAGCAGCAGAUGGGUCUAGUGGUGGCAGCCGGCAGUCGGCAGCAGCAGCAGCAGCAGCAGCAGCAGCAGCAGCAGCAACAGCAGAGCAAAUGGCUUUGGUUGACCAGCAGCAGUAGCAGUAGAUGGGUCCGAUGGUGGCAGCAGCAGAUGGUUCGGUAGCAACAGCAGCAGCAGCAACAGCAGGGAAACUAAAAGUGAGAGAUGUGUGAAGCUACGGCUAAAGAGAUUGAGUGAUGGGAAUUAAAAUAAAUUAAGGUUAGGGUUAAAUGUAGGAGAAUGGGUUGGGUUGGGAGUUGGAUUGGGUUGGAUAGUAUUGGGUUAAGUUUAAUUGUAAUUGGAUUAAAUUUGGGUUUGGGUUUGGGUUUGAAUUUGGGUUUAAGUUUGAGUUUAGGUUUGAGUUUAAAGAAUAAAUUAAUUUUAAAAUA